AUGUUAUUAUCGAAACCACAAAUUGGAAUAUAUGCUGUGUACAUAAUCACCACUACAUUCUCAGUAACAACACACUGGAAUAAAAAACUCGCGAAUCUCCCAAAAUUUCUCAAGUUUUUAUUCAAUUUCUCUGGACUUUUUCGAACUGUAUUAAUAUUAUUGUCGGUGUCAACAACAGAACUGUUAGAAUAUAAUGAUUUUAGCAGUAAUAGGUAUAUCGACAGUGAUAGCAACAACUUGUUCCUUUCUUAUUCAUUGGUAUAUUUCUUGCUUAUCGAGUCGAUACGUAUCUUGAAUUCUGUAUUCAAAUUAUCAUUUGUGGCAUUUCUGAUAUGGCGACUUGAACAGAUACAUGAUUCUAGAUUUGAUGUACGAGUUGGAAUCUUUUUGUUCACGGCGAUGGCUGCUGGUCAGCUUCUUCAAUUGUUCACUUGUCAACGUCCACAAUUUAUUGGACAAGGUAUCGACAAUUACUACUGCUGGAAUUUUGCAGAAAUUUCAGAGGUCCAACAAAUGCAGCCACUACCACACUGGCCAUUUCUCAUACUCGAUCUACUAUUCGAACUAUUCUUUACUUUGAGACUCACGAAAUUUUUAAUUAAUGCAAACACGAAUACUACCUUACUUCCAGAAAACAUGAGAAAACCUAAACAACGAACGGUGUUCACAGCUGUAAUAGUUUGGAACUCACUACGGCUUCUCACUAGCGUUCCUUUAAUUAUACUCUCGGCAUAUGAAGUCCCCUUAAGAGCUAAAUACGUAAAAGAUACGACAAUUUUUAUUGGAAUCUUUGCUUUAUUGAAUGCAACCUUGACGAUCGUAAUGACUUUUGAUACGGAAACUGUGCGAUUUUUCGAGGGAAGUCCAUGUCAUGAUAAUAACGAUGAUGACCGAUACGAAGAGUUGGAGAGAAGAGAUUUACUUAUUAACGAUGUUGAAAUACUAAUGGCAUCUUAUCCAACAAGUGAAAUCAAUAGUUCUGAUGAAGAGAUUGCUAAAAACACCUAA